CACUUCCUCCCCAGACAGGGGUAGUGCGAGGCCGGGCACAGCCUUCCUGUGUGGUUUCACCGCCCAGAGAGCAUCAUGGACCUGGGGAAACCAAUGAAAAACGUGCUGGUGGUGGCUCUCCUUGUCGUUUUCCAGGUGUGCCUGUGUCAAGACGAGGCCACAGAUGAUUACACCGGGGACAACACCACGGUGGACUACACCCUGUUCGAACCCCCAUGCAUCAUGAAAGAUGUGCGGAACUUUAAGGCCUGGUUCCUGCCCAUCAUGUACUCGGUUAUCUGCUUUGUGGGCCUGCUAGGCAACGGGCUGGUUGUGUUGACCUACAUCUAUUUCAAGAGGCUCAAGACCAUGACCGACACCUACCUGCUCAACCUGGCCGUGGCGGACAUCCUCUCCCUCCUGGCCCUCCCCUUCUGGGCUUACAGCGCGGCCAAGUCCUGGGCCUUUGGCGUCCAUUUUUGCAAGCUCAUUUUUGGCAUCUACAAGAUGAGCUUCUUCAGUGGCAUGUUCCUCCUCCUCUGUAUCAGCAUCGACCGCUAUGUGGCCAUUGUCCAGGCCGUCUCGGCCCACCGCCACCGUGCCCGUGUCCUCCUUAUCAGCAAGCUGUCCUGCCUGGGCAUCUGGAUACUGGCCACGGUGCUGUCCACCCCAGAGCUGCUGUACAGCAGCGUCCGAAAGAGCAGCAGCGAGCAGGUCCUGCGAUGCUUUCUCAUCACCGAGCACAUGGAGGCCCUGGUCACCAUCCAGGUGGCCCAGAUGGUGAUAGGCUUUCUGGUCCCCCUGCUGGCCAUGAGCUUCUGCUACCUGGUCAUCAUCCGCACGCUGCUCCAGGCGCGCAACUUCGAGCGCAACAAGGCCAUCAAGGUGAUCAUCGCCGUGGUCGUGGUCUUCAUAGUCUUCCAGCUGCCCUACAACGGGGUGGUCCUGGCCCACACAGUGGCCAGCUUCAACAUCACCAGCAGCAACUGCGAGCUCAGCAAGCAGCUGAACAUCGCCUACGACGUCACCUACAGCCUGGCCUGCGUCCGCUGCUGCGUCAACCCCUUCCUGUACGCCUUUAUCGGCGUCAAGUUCCGCAACGACCUCUUCAAGCUCUUCAAGGACUUGGGCUGCCUCAGUCAGGAGCAGCUCCGCCAGUGGUCUUCUUGCCGGCAUGCCCGGCGUUCCUCCAUGAGCAUGGAGGCCGAGACCACCACCACCUUCUCCCCGUAGGUGGCUCUUCCGCCUGGCCCAGGGGGACCUCUCCCAGGACCCCUGGGGCGGGGGCAGGGAGCGGAGGCAAUGACUCAGGACCCCCCUCAUCCGAAAAAAGCUGCUGAGGGAAAGGCCGCUCUGACCUCAGAGUGAAAGCCCGAGCCCCAGAAGCUAGCUUAACCCCAACUGUAGCUACCUCAACCAAGGUUGAAAAGAGACAUGGCCCAUAAGCUAACUCCAGAACUGGGAGCGCUUCAAACCAAGGCUGUUGUCCUCCAAACCGAAAGUCAAAAGUGAAAGUC